CAGAUGCGUCAUUCGCCAUUUUGCUGUUAAGAGAAUAAUAUUGCUCCAUUAAUACUGCAAUUACCGCUGUUCCUGCACCGUAAUCGCGUUAUUAUUGACGGAGAAACGGCUUUAUUUUAAGCGUUUGUGCUGCGGGAAUCAUGUCAGACAAUCCGGACGAUCUGGAGCUCGAGUCUGAAGAGAAGCAGGAUUCUCCAGAAAAGACCUGUAACCCCAUACUGUCCGAAGAGGCCAAACUGAAGUCAAAAUAUCCAAAUCUGGGACACAAACCCGGCGGUUCAGACUUUCUGAUGAAGAGACUACAGAAAGGGCAAAAGUACUUUGAUUCGGGCGAUUAUAACAUGGCGAAGGCGAAGAUGAAGAGCAAACACGUGGUGCCGAGCGCAGCCGAGAAGAGUCUGGUGACCGGAGACCACAUUCCCACACCGCAGGACCUUCCUCAGAGGAAAAACACCAUCCUCACCAGCAAACUGGCCGGAUAAACACACACAUGCACACACACACACACACAUUUAAACUCGGACGCAAACACACCCACAGAGAGAGAGACAGACACACACAGAUACAAACAAGCACAGACAUAUACACACACAUAUAUGCACAAACACAUAUAGACAUAUACACACAUACACACUUUUAAACACUGACACAAACACACACACAGAGACGCAUAUAUAUAUAUAUAUAUAUAUAUAUAUAUAUAUAUAUAUAUAUAUAUAUAUAUAUAUAUACACACACAUAUAUACACACAGAUACAGACAAGCACAGACACAAACACAGAGACACACACACACAGGCACAACACAGACACAGAUAAACACACACAUAUACACUGACGCAAAUAUACAAAUGUACACACGCACAGAUGUAUACGCACACAUACACACACACACACACAAACAUUGAUUUUAGUGGUUUAUGAGGAUUCUUAAUGUGAAUUCUGUCACUAGAUUAACGAGAUCCUGAACACUAACAGACGGAUACUAACAUCUACAACACUUUAUUUUAACUUCACAGACACUUUAGGCAUUUUGAAUUAGGAGGACACAAAGGCAUGUCCUCAUAAACCACCGUAACAUUGUAAUACCUAAGUCAUACCCUUGUCAUUAUACAUAUGUGUGUCCUCGUACACCACCAAAACCAGCACACACAUAGACUCAAACACACACUGUAGAUAUGCAUCAGUCGGGGCGUGUAGGGCUGGGCAGUGUGACUAUAUUCAUGAUGAAGAAAUGCAGAAACACACACAUACACACACACACACUGCUUAUGAGUGCUCCGUAGUGUAUGAGUGUGUGUGUGUGUGAGAAUGAGUGUGUAUGGUUGUUUCCCAGUACUGGGUUGCAGUUGGAAGGGCAUCCGCUGUGUAAAACAUAUGCUGGAAUAGUUGGCGGUUCAUUCCGCUGUGGUGACCCCUGAUCAAUAGCCGAAGGAAAGUGAAUGAAUGGUUUGAGCUUUACGGUGAUAUUUCUCAUGUGUUAUAGUUGUUUUUGUCUUGUUUUUUCAGGACAAAAGUGUUUACUUUGCUGGAUGAUGUCAUACUGUGAUAUAUAUAAUUACCCGUAAGAUUCUGGUCAUAUUGCCCAUCCCUACAGGACUCCACAUCACACACACACUCUCUCUCUCUUUAUGUGCUGUGCUGUACUGUAGAGAUCUGAACAUGUACACACACAUUUAUGAACUGAAAAAGCACAUGAAGGAAUCACACACACAGAGAAAACACACAUAAACACAUUUAUACUGACACACACACACACACACACAGAAAACACACAUAAACACAUUUAUACUGACGCACACACACACACACACACACAGAAAACACACAUGAACACAUUUAUACUGGCACACACA